AGUACGAUCAAGUAAGUAACAUUUGCAUUUAUUGUAUGCCAUGUUUGGAAAUGAUUCAGUCAACCAAGUGACCCCACUCUCCGGUCGUCAAUGAGGCGAAUAUCAUUUGGAGUUUCCUACGUUGAAUCAAUGGUACAUUUGAAACUCCAUUCACUUGCCUCAGAUACUUGGAACGUGUUGCGAAGACGUAAGGGAGUAUUAAAAAUUCGGUAAAAAUUCCGUUUUCAGUUUUUUGUUUCCAUUUCGGCCGGAGAUCCCUAAAAGCAAAAAAAAAGCUUAACAUUAAGGCAGCAAGAUGGAGGAGUAUUCCCGUGAGCCGUGUCCAUACCGGAUAGUCGACGAUUGCGGCGGAGCGUUCGCCAUGGGUUGCAUCGGCGGAGGAGUGUUCCAGGGCCUCAAGGGAUUCCGGAAUGCCCCCCAGGGCAUCGGACGGAGAUUCGCCGGAAGCCUGGUGGCCGUCAAGGCCAGAUCGCCGGUGAUAGCCGGCAACUUUGCUGCCUGGGGUGGCGUCUUCAGCAUCGUGGACUGCAGCCUAGUGCAUAUGCGGAAGAAGGAGGAUCCUUGGAACUCAAUCAUCAGCGGCGCAGUUACCGGCGGCGUCUUGGCCGCCCGUAACGGGGUGGCCGCCAUGGCCGGGAGUGCGAUAAUUGGUGGCAUUCUUCUCUCCCUGAUCGAGGGCGUGGGCAUUCUCUUCACUCGCAUCUCGGCGGAACAGUUCCGUAACCCGUCGCCGCUGACCAGCUCGCAGGAUGGCCUAUCCGGUACCGGAGGACUGGGAGACUUGGACUCUUCAUCGGGAUUCGGGUUUCCCGGCAGCCAGCAGGCCAAUAUCUCCAGCUAAAUUUACUUUUUUGUUUCAAAGCUGAAGAAUGUCGAAAGCACUACAAGGAGUUCAUUGAAUUGCAUCUAAAAAAAGAAAAAAAUGAAUUGUUAAUGGUUUUGAAGUGCCUGGCGUUAUUCAAGGAUGAUGUUUUGUACACGAAUUUGGUUGAACAAAAAUGUAGUGGAAGUAUUGAACUCUGAAUUCGGAAUUAAAGAGCAAUCUAAAUUUUGGUCUAUA